CUCAAAAGUUCAGAAGUUUUCCCAAUGCUUCCUUAAGCGGUGGGCGCGCGAGAGACAGAAAAGGUGACGCGGGGGCCCGGGAAGGCGGCCGGCGCGCUGCCCCCCAACCCCCGCCCCUGGUUAUUUGGCCGCCUUCGCCCGCAGCUCGGGGCAGUCUCCUGGAAGGCGCAAGCAGUGACGAGAAGGGAGCCUUCUUGUUUUUAUUUUUGGCUCUUUUUUUUUUUUUUUCCAUUUGCGCUUGGAAGUUGCUCCGUGAGUUUCUCCAAGGCGGUCUGCCGUUCCUCGUCCCGCCCUCCCCCCCCGCCCCCCGUCAGCGACCCUCGGCGUCCGGCGUGGGACUCCAGGCCCGCGGUGCCCACAGAGCUCCGAGGAGCGCCGGGAGAGGCCGUGCAGCCCGAGACGCCGGGAGGAGGAGGCGGCGGCCGCUGAGCCAAACUCAGCGCGGCGGGCCAGCCCCAACUCGGCGGGGCCGGACUCGGACUCAGCGGCCGGCGGCGGCGCGGAGCGGCGCGGCCGGGCCGGAGCGAGGGUGGGGGGCAGCGGGCUGCGCGGGGCGGCGGCGGCGAGCCGGGGCCAUGCAGGCGCGCUACUCCGUGUCCAGCCCCAACUCCCUGGGAGUGGUGCCCUAUCUCGGCGGCGAGCAGAGCUACUACCGCGCGGCGGCGGCGGCGGCCGGGGGCGGCUACACUGCCAUGCCGGCCCCCAUGAGUGUGUACUCGCACCCCGCGCACGCCGAGCAGUACCCGGGCGGCAUGGCCCGCGCCUACGGGCCCUACACUCCGCAGCCGCAGCCCAAGGACAUGGUGAAGCCGCCCUACAGCUACAUCGCGCUCAUCACCAUGGCCAUCCAGAACGCUCCGGACAAGAAGAUCACUCUCAACGGCAUCUACCAGUUCAUCAUGGACCGUUUCCCCUUCUACCGGGACAACAAACAGGGCUGGCAGAACAGCAUCCGCCACAACCUUUCGCUCAACGAGUGCUUUGUCAAGGUGCCCCGCGACGACAAGAAGCCGGGCAAAGGCAGCUACUGGACGCUGGACCCGGACUCCUAUAACAUGUUCGAGAACGGCAGCUUCCUGCGGCGGCGGCGGCGCUUCAAGAAGAAGGACGCGGUGAAGGACAAGGAAGAGAAGGAUCGGCUGCACCUCAAGGAGCCGCCGCCGGCGGCUCCGGGCCGCCAGCCUCCGGCCGCGCCGCCGGAACCCGCGGACGGCGCCGCGCCGGGACCACAGCCGCCGCCAGUGCGCAUCCAGGACAUCAAGACGGAGAACGGUACGUGCCCCUCGCCGCCCCAACCCCUGUCCCCAGCCGCAGCCCUCGGCAGCGGGAGCGCGGCCGCGGUGCCCAAGAUCGAGAGCCCCGACAGCAGCAGCAGCAGCCUGUCGAGCGGAAGCAGCCCCCCUGGCAGCCUGCCGUCCGCUCGGCCGCUGAGCCUGGACGGUGCGGAGCCCGCGCCGGCCCCGCCGCCCGCACCGCCCGCGCCACCGCACCACAGCCAGGGCUUCAGCGUGGACAACAUCAUGACGUCGCUGCGGGGGUCGCCGCAGGGCGCGGCGGCCGAGCUCGGCUCCGGCCUGCUGUCCUCGGCGGCCGCGUCGUCGCGCGCGGGCAUCGCGCCUCCGCUCGCGCUGGGCGCCUACUCCCCAGGCCAGAGCUCCCUCUACAGCUCCCCCUGCAGCCAGAGCUCGAGCGCGGGCAGUUCGGGCGGCGGCGGUGGCGGCGGUGGCGGCUCGGGGGCCGGGGGCGGCGCGGGGACCUACCACUGCAACCUGCAGGCCAUGAGCCUGUACGCGGCGGGCGAGCGGAGCGGCCACUUGCAGGGCGCGCCCGGGGGCGCGGGCUCGGCGGUGGACGACCCCCUCCCCGACUACUCCAUGCCUCCGGUGACCAGCAGCAGUUCGUCGUCCCUGAGCCACGGCGGGGGCGGCCAGGAGACGGGCCACCACCCAGCGACACACCAAGGCCGGCUCCCCUCAUGGUACCUGAACCAGGCAGGCGGAGACCUGGGCCACCUGGCCAGCGCGGCGGCGGCGGCGGCCGCGGGCUAUCCCGGGCAGCAGCAGAACUUCCAUUCCGUCAGGGAGAUGUUCGAGUCCCAGCGGAUCGGUUUGAACAACUCGCCAGUGAACGGAAACAGUAGCUGUCAGAUGGCCUUCCCGGCCAGCCAGUCCCUGUACCGCGCGUCCGGGGCUUUCGUCUAUGACUGCAGUAAGUUUUGACCUCGCCCUGGCCCCUCCAAGCCGAACUUGAUGGAACAGCCAAGGCAGGAACAGCCCAAAGAAUCCACCAAUGCAAAAUCGAAACCAAAAUUGCCCAAUUUCAAGAACUCGGGAAAAUUCACCAGCCAACACUCCCAAAUUUCAAAUCGCCAGCACCAGCCCAAAGAAAACUAUUUUCUUAAAAGAUUAAUUCAGAACCAUCUCCACUUUGCCUUAUCUAAAUAAACCAAAGUAUAAACGAUUUUGUACAGAGACAGCAAAAUCGUGGUUUAUUAAAGGACAGUGUUACUCCAGAUAACACGUAAGUUUCUCCUCGCUUUUCAGAGCCUCGCUUUCCUGAGCUUUCCUCUCCCUCCCCCCCCCCUUCCUGGCAUCUCACCUGUAAGAUAGUAUUUGAUCUUAUGUUGAAAGGAGAGGAAAGUCCUUAUAUAUGAAAAUUGCUUUCUUUUUAUUCAUGGACUUGUUUUAAAAUGUAAAUUGCAACAUAGUAAUUUAUUUUUAAUUUGUAGUUGGAUGUUGUGGACCAAACGCCAGAAAGUGUUUCCAAAAGCUGACGUUAAAGUGCCUGAAACUUUAAAUUGUGCUUUUUUUUCCUCAUUAUAAAAAGGGAAACUGUAUUACUCUUAUUCUAUCAUCUUUCUUUUUGUUGAACAUAUUCAUUGUUUAUUAAUAAAUUGCCAUUCAGUUUGAAUGAGACCUAUAUGUCUGGAUGCCUUAAUAAGCUUUAAUAUUUAAAAAAUUCAGAGAUAGACUAGGAAUUUGUAUUCAUCCGCAUUUCUGAAUAUUGGGGAAACUCUCAGACUAGUCCAUGUCAAGUUUUGCUAAAAGUUUUUGUUGUUGUUGUUUAGAUUUUUUCUGGCAGCAUCUUCUGCAACAUGUACUAUAGUCAAUUGCUUUGAGGUUAGUAAAAGAAAUUCCUAAACAGAGCUGAGUUGGCAUAUAAACAAAUACAUUUUCAGUAAUGACUGAACAUGAUUUGGAAAUUUGAAGCCUAUGAAUCAGCAGCAGUCUCACCACAGUACCUGUGUGCAGAGAGAUGCAGCUGUGCCUCAGGAUACUCACAGAUGGGGGUUUGGCUCCUCUGUCCCGUGUACAAUCACAGUGCUCAGUACAUAGACACACACUGGGAGCCAGAUGUGGAACCGAUUUAUCCUAUUAAUUUCAGUCCUUUGGAAUAGGAAAAAAUAUACCUAUUUUUGAAAUGUAUGUAUAUAACUCAUUCAUAUUUACAGCCCUUCGUGUGAUACAUAGAAGGGUUCACUUUUUAAUAUAAAUAUUGCAGGUUGGAAAGGAAUAUUUAAUCUUUGGGAAACUCUUUUAGAAGAUAUGUUUGUAGAACAAUUAUUUUUGAAAAAGAUUUAAAGCAAUAACAAAAAGGAAGGAGAGAUGGGCAGGGACAGAACAUCUUAGUCCAGGGUGUUAUUUUUUCCCCCCAAACCAAUUUUUCUUGUUAAUUUACAGUUAAACCCAGGGGGCAAUUCAGAUGGGCCAUCCCCCCUUUUGUAAAUAACCCAGGAAAUGUAAUAAAUUCAUUAUCUUAGGGUGAUCUGCCCUGUCAAUCAGACUUCGGUGAGAUGGCGAUUUGAUUACAGACAUUCAGGGCCUUUAAGUUUGUUUUCGAGAUAAUGCAGUUUCCUAUCUGCCGCUCCUAUCUAGAGGCAACACUUAAGCAGUAAUUGCUGUUGCUUGUUGUCAAAAUUUGAUCAUUGUUAAAGGAUUGCUGCAAAUAAAUACACUCUAAUUUCAGUCAAAAACUGCUUUACGUGGCCUCUGAUUCGCUCGGUCUCCUCCCCCAGAGCCGAAACCUAAUAGCCGGGAAGAUCGCGGCGGCUCUGGCGCGGUGUGUCCACGGGUCGGGCCGGCGGGGGCCAGCCUCGCGGGGGCCUUUAGGUCGACACGGGACUGUAGAGGCCCUAGGUCUCGGGGCUGCUGGCAACUUCGUCGAACGACCUUUUCGGGGGGAGACAGGGGUGGGGCGGGAUGGGCAAGAAGUGGAGGCGGCACCUUGCUCCAUUUGGGGAGAGGCGCGUGGAGGUGGGCUUGGUGGACAGAGUGUGGUAGCCAAACGGGCUUAUCUAGGGCUGGACAGGGGGCGUAGCAGGAGACCCGCGGCCUGG